AGAUAUUUAAAUAUUUUUUGUAUAAACACGUCUAAAGCAAGUCGAAUUUUAUUUUCUCUAGGAACGUAGAGCUUAUUCACAUUGGCAGCAAGUGAAGCCAGACGAAAAUAUUCAGAUAGAAUAUUGAAUUUGUGGGUAUUGCAUCUGUCCACUUUUGAAACCACGGUGGAGCUAAAUGCUUACGUCUGCAUAGUUGAAUCUAAAAUGUAGUUCUGGUAUCGACUUCAGUCAACUACAACCUUUAUCACAAUUAUUACAUGUUUGCAGUUAAUAUGUCUGUACAGAGUUGCGAGUGGGAUAAUUUAUUUAACGAUGGAGAUAGAUCCAUUUUGAAAGAUGGAUUGGUUUUAACAGAUUCGGUAUCUGUUUUAUUAGGUCUGUGGUUGAAUCUGACGCUCUUAUUAACUAAUCUAAAAUACGAUCUCAGCUAUCGCAAUCUGGCUUUCUUCACGUUAAUUAGCUGUUUACGGCGCGGUUUAUCUCUCUGCCAUUCUUUACUUUUAUCUGAAAGUUGGUUCGAUUUUAAGGAAUCAUGUACAUUCAACGGCUUUUGGGAUACAUUUUUAUCAGUAUACGAAGUGGAGUGCCUCACUCAUGUUUGUAUCGAGCGAUACGUAGUGCAUAAAUAUAUAAAUAAUGGAUGGGAGCCAAUCAAAUGGCAUUAUUGUAUGUAUCAAGGACUGUGCCUACUUUUCGCCGCUCUAUAUUCCAUACCGCCCCUGUUUGGUAUCGGUAGUUAUGGACUAGAUUUUACCUGUAACUCCUGUACAUUCGACAUGGUGUUGCCAGAUUCGUGGCAAAAAGAAUUCAUUGUCCUCAUAUUUUUACUACGCAGCCUUAAAUCGGGCUCUUUUAUGAUCGUGAUGUUAUACUGGGCCCAAAAAUUAGAGGCUGGAAACAAAAACUCGGAAAAAAUGAUGGAACAAGCACCGUUUACCAAGAGCAUAAUUGCAAUGACUGCAGUGAUUAUCAUGUGUUGGCUACCGAUAACUAUGGUAAGGGGAUCGGUGGUGUUAUCACAGCUUUUGAAUGGAUACAUUUCUUUCGUGCCAUCAGUACUUCUCGUUCAGUGGUCGAUGUGGCUGAGUUCGAUUUCACCUGCGUUUAUGUCAAUAACGUUAUUUUUGGUGGAUGAUCAGAUUCGCGGAAAGGCAUUGAACUUUUACAAGAUCACUGGAGUUCAAGAGACAAAGAAGGAAUUAUAAAGGAGAAUUUGCUCUCUUUUUUAAAGUAAUACGCACUAAGUAUUCUUUUAUGUUAAAUAUAAUUGUUAAUGUUUUUAUUCACAUUUUAAGAAGUCUCAUAUGAACAUGUAUUAUCAGUAAGAGCAUUUGGAAUUUUGGAAACACUUCGGUAGGUGUAUCAUUAGCUUUUCAUUUUGUAAGAUUAUAGUUCCUAUUUUCACAUUUAAUCUGUAAUCUGUAUGUUAAUAACCACCGAAAAAUAUAUUUUGUUUAGACAAUA